CUUCCCCUCUCCAUUGGAAGUUACAGAGAGACAGACGCACCAAAAAAGAAAGGAAAAAAAAAGGAAACCAGAGAGAAAAAAGAGAUUCAGCUUUCUUAAUUUUUUGGCUUUGGUUUUUGUUUUUUUUGCAAUUCUGUUGUUGUAAUUUGAUUGAUUUACGUGUUAAUCAACAAGAUUUGGUGGUGAAUUUGACUGAAAUUUAAGGUUUUUUAGGGAUUUUUCGUAGAUAUUAUGAAUUUUUUUUCGAGAGUUAAUGAGAUGAGAGAUCUGAGCUAAAAAAGAGAUUUUGAAAAAUGACGAAUACGGAGGUAGCUAUGAAAGGGAAUUGUGUGAACGGAAGAGGAGGAGGAGAGAGCUUUUCUUCUGGUUAUAGUGAACCAAAAGAUGGUAGGAACACCGUGGAAGGGCAAAAUGGUCAUUCGACUAAUCAAGCUCCGGCUAUAGACCCCGAAACGGCGUUGUAUAAUGAACUAUGGCAUGCAUGUGCUGGACCUUUGGUCACUGUUCCUCGUGAACAAGAUCGUGUGUUUUACUUUCCUCAAGGUCACAUAGAACAGGUUGAGGCGUCUACUAGUCAAGUAGCAGACGAGCAGAUGCCAGUGUAUAAUCUUCCAUCAAAGAUCCUUUGUCGUGUGAUUAACGUUCAGUUAAAGGCUGAACCAGAUACAGAUGAAGUCUUUGCUCAAGUGACUUUACUUCCUGAGCCUAAUCAAGAUGAGAACACUGUGAACAAGGAGCCUCCUGCGCCUCAACCACCACGGUUCCAUGUGCAUUCCUUUUGCAAGACCCUCACUGCCUCAGAUACAAGCACCCAUGGUGGGUUUUCGGUGCUCAGGCGGCACGCAGAUGAAUGUCUUCCACCAUUGGACAUGUCACGGCAACCUCCAACCCAGGAGUUGGUUGCGAAGGAUUUGCAUGGAAAUGAGUGGCGAUUCCGGCAUAUUUUCAGGGGUCAACCACGAAGGCACUUGCUUCAAAGUGGAUGGAGUGUUUUUGUUAGCUCCAAGAGGCUUGUUGCAGGGGAUGCUUUUAUAUUUUUAAGAGGCGAGAAUGGAGAAUUACGUGUUGGUGUACGACGUGCAAUGAGGCAGCAGGGCAAUGUUCCUUCAUCAGUAAUAUCAAGUCACAGCAUGCAUCUUGGGGUGCUUGCAACAGCAUGGCAUGCCUACACGACAAAAACAAUAUUCACUGUGUACUACAAACCUAGGACAAGUCCAGCUGAGUUUAUUGUUCCUUUUGAUCAGUACAUGGAGUCAAUGAAGAAUAAUUACUCCAUAGGGAUGAGGUUCAAAAUGAGAUUUGAAGGUGAAGAGGCUCCCGAACAGAGGUUUACUGGAACAAUAGUUGGAAUUGAAGAUGCUGAUCCCAAAAAGUGGAAGGAUUCCAAAUGGAGAUGCCUCAAGGUGCGAUGGGAUGAGACUUCUACCAUACCUCGUCCAGAGAGAGUUUCUCCUUGGAAAAUUGAACCUGCUUUGGCUCCUCCUGCGCUGAAUCCCCUUCCAAUGCCCAGGCCAAAAAGGCCCCGAUCUAAUGCAGUCCCUUCAUCUCCUGAUUCCUCUGUACUUACUAGGGAAGGUUCAUCAAAAGCUAUUGUAGACCCUUCACCAGCUACUGGGUUUUCAAGGGUCUUGCAAGGUCAAGAAUUCUCGACCUUGCGAGGCAACUUUGGUGAGAGUCACGAGUCUGACACUGCUGAAAAGUCGGUGAUAUGGCGACCUACGGUAGAUGACGAGAAGAUUGAUGUGGUUCCCACUUCAAGAAGAUUUGGGUCAGAGAAUUGGAUGUCCUCUGGGAGGCACGAACCAGCAGCAUAUGCAGAUCUGCUCUCAGGUUUUAGGUCAAAUGCUGAUUCCUCCCUUGGGUAUUGUCCACCGUUGGUUGAUCAAACUUCAUUAGCUGGUAAUCCAAUGAGAAGACAAUUACUAGAUCAAGAAGGGAAGCUUGGCUCUUGGUCCCUCAUGUCCUCUGGUCUCUCACUCAAGUUGGUUGACAGUAAUGCUAAGCCUUCUGUGCAAGGUUCUGAGGUUCCUUAUCAAGCUCGAGGAAAUGGUAGAUUUAGUGGUUUUGGUGAGUAUCCUGUGCUUCAAGGUCAUAGGAUCGAGCACCCACAUGGAAACUGGUUGAUGCCUCCCCCAACAUCAUCUAAUUACGAGAAUCCUAUCCAAUCAAGAGAUUUAAUGCCAAAAGCUUCAUUGGGACAAGAUCAUGAGAACGGAAAAUCUAGAGAAGGAAGUUGCAAGCUCUUUGGUAUUCCUCUCAUUAGUAAUUCUGUUGCAUCAGAGCCCACCGUCUCUCCUAUUAAUGCCACGAACAAGGCAGCAAGUCAUGUGGAAGCUGCACCAAACCAAGCUCGUACAUUUACGUUUGAUCAAAAGUCCGAGCAGCCAAAAUUCUCACCGUUGGCAGAGAAUCUGUCUAUUUUUAAUGAGCAGGAGAAAUCGUUUCAGCCGGGUCAGCCUCAUACAAGAGAGGUUCAAAGCAAAUCUCCUAGUGCUUCAACUAGGAGUUGUACAAAGGUCCUAAUGCAAGGGAGUGCUCUUGGUAGGUCCGUGGACCUUACUAAGUUCAACAACUACGAUGAACUGAUUGCUGAAUUGGAUCAAUUAUUUGAAUUUGGUGGUGAAUUAAUGGCCCCUAAAAAGAAUUGGCUUGUCGUUUAUACUGAUGAUGAGGGUGAUAUGAUGCUUGUUGGAGAUGAUCCCUGGCAGGAAUUUUGCACCAUGGUUCGCAAGAUCGGUAUCUACACUAGGGAAGAGGUUCAGAAGAUGAAGCCGGGGUCAUUGAAUUCAAAGGGCGAGGACAAUCUGGUUUCUGCGGAAGGGCUAGAUGCAAAAGACGUGAAAUGUACAUCAGCAUCUAGUACAGAGAAUUGUUAAAGCUCGGCUCUAAUAAUUCCGGGUAAUAUAAUGGGCGUGUAUAAUUGCAUAUAAGUAUCGAACCUUGUUUUAAAUAGGGAGAAGAAAACUAAUCAGAUUGAACAUAUACCAUGUUAUUACAUGAGAACAUCCACCGUUUUUUAUCGUUUCAGCUUUUUGGUGGGAGGCAUAUGGAGUGCCGUAGUAACAUUAGACGAUUGGUUGGUUAGAACUUGAAUUAGUUCCGAGUUGAAAGUGACUGGUCCACAAGUUUUUCUCAGAAACCAGAAUCCAAUAUAGAUGGCAGAAAUGGUAUUAAUCCAAUUUUGGACAUGAUGCGAGUAGACGACUAGUAGUAUAUGGUAUCCAUUUAUAUAUAUACAUGAAUAUGUAUACCUGAAUUUAGAUUUUCAAGCAUGGCCUUUUCAUUUGCAACCUCACCCCUUUUGUACAAAGAUGUUUUACUGUUACCCCAUCCCCUUUCUUGACCUUGGAAUGUAAGUAAAUACGCCACCUAUUAUCUUCUUUCUCAAGUAAGAAUUUCAUUUUGUUGGUUUC